AUGGCUAUCAACAGAAUCGCGAUUGGAACGCCAGGAGAAGCUAGCCGUCCAGAUGCCAUCAGAGCGGCUCUCGCCGAGUUUUUCUCCAUGGUUAUAUUCGUUUUUGCGGGUCAAGGUUCCGGUAUGGCUUACGGAAAGCUAACAGGAGAUGGUCCAGCUACACCUUCCGGUCUAGUGGCCGCGUCUUUGUCUCAUGCGUUUGCGUUGUUCGUGGCGGUUUCAGUAGGAGCAAACGCAUCAGGCGGUCAUGUAAACCCGGCUGUUACAUUCGGAGCUUUCAUCGGUGGAAACAUAACGUUGUUAAGAGCUAUUCUUUACUGGAUCGCUCAAUUACUAGGAUCAGUCGUAGCUUGCAUGUUGCUCAAGGUAAGCACUGGCGGGAUGGAAACCGCAGCGUUUUCGCUUUCCCAUGGAGUCACGCCGUGGAACGCAGUCGUUUUCGAGAUUGUGAUGACGUUUGGAUUAGUAUACACGGUUUAUGCUACUGCCGUGGAUCCCAACAAAGGUGAUAUUGGAAUUAUUGCUCCUUUGGCGAUUGGGUUAAUCGUUGGAGCUAAUAUUCUCGUUGGUGGUGCUUUCGACGGGGCAUCCAUGAACCCGGCGGUUUCAUUUGGUCCGGCCGUGGUUAGCGGGGCCUGGACGAACCAUUGGGUCUACUGGGUUGGUCCAUUUAUUGGUGCAGCCAUCGCAGCUAUUGUUUAUGACACUAUCUUUAUUUGUAGUAAUGGGCAUGAACCACUUCCUUCUAAUGAUUUCUAA